UUGAAUUACGCAAGCACAGGGUAAAGAAAAAAACAAGCAACUUUCCCUAAAACGAUCCAAUUUGCUUACAUCCUCGUCUCGCAUCCCACGCCUUUCCCAAGGGCCCCCGUCCUCCUCUUGGUAUGGAAGGCGACAAAUAAGUCAUAGGAGAAGCUAAAAAGAGAGAGAAAGAUCUGCCCUCCUCUCUCUCUCUCUUCGUUCUUUGAGGGUUUAUUUGGAAUAUAACCCAGCGGCCAACUCGUUGGUAUAAAGGAGGGGGGAGAGGGAGAGGAAGGGUGUGGUGAGCUGACGAGAUGAAGAGAGGACGGGCGGAGGCGUCAUCGGCAGAUGCGGCGGCGGCCAAGGGAGCGGGGCCGCCGCCAGGACAGGCGCCGGCGACGGCAGGGCUGAAGAAGGGGCCAUGGACGGCUGCGGAGGACGCGAUCCUGAGGGAGUACGUGAAGAAGCACGGGGAGGGCAACUGGAACGCGGUCCAGAAGAACAGCGGCCUCAACCGCUGCGGCAAGAGCUGCCGCCUGCGCUGGGCCAACCACCUCCGCCCCAACCUCAAGAAGGGCGCCUUCACCCCCGAGGAGGAGCUCCUUAUCCUCCACCUCCACGCUCAUGUCGGCAACAAGUGGGCUCGCAUGGCCGCCCAUUUGCCGGGGAGGACUGAUAAUGAGAUCAAGAACUACUGGAACACGCGGAUGAAGAGGCGGCAGCGGACGGGGCUUCCAUUGUACCCGCCGGAGAUGCAGCGGCAGUUCUUGCUCCGGCACGGUUACCACCUCCCUCCACCCGCCACAUCCUCUUCUGCCUCUCCUGACCCUCCUUCUCCUCCUCCUCCUCCUUCGCCGCCGCCGCCGCCGCCCGCUCUCGCGUUCCCCCAGCCGACCACCUUCCCGUCCUCUCCUUCUCCGACGGCGGCGUUCUCGUCGUCCCCCUCUGCUGCAACCGCGUCCAUCCCUCUCCUUCCGCAGAACUAUUUCUCCAACGGCCUCUUUUUUCAAUUCCCGCUCUCUUCCCCUGUCUCGCCUCCCCCGCCGGCUCCUCCCCAGCAGUUCUCCCUUUCCCGCCCCGUUUCACCCGCAACACCGCAGUGGUUCGCUCUUUCUCGCCCCGUUUCGCCGACUCCGCAGAGCCCUUUAUUUCAGCCGCAGCUUCCGCAGCCAUUGCGGUACAACUUGGGGAGCUUCGAUGUCAGUCCACCUCCUUCCUUCGUGCAGAUGCCCUUCGUUGGCGAGCUCCCUUCAAGCCAAAUGCUGGGGGAGACGGGCGGCGGCAGCGGCAGUGAUGGCUUCGGGCUGCUCCGUUCGAGCAGCACUGGGCUGCUGGAUGACGUCAUACGGGACGUGCAGCGUGGUGGCGAGGUUCGGAGGGCGGACCCGCUACCUGAGCUGGUGCCCUCCACCGGAGGACAGGACGGGAAACGGGACGGCCACCUUGGCGGUAACGACGUCAGCGAAGGCAGCAGCAUUUUCUCGCCCGCUCAGGGCUCGGUUCUGGAACCUCUUAGCAUGUUGGACGGUUCCGACUGUUCCAUUAAUGGAAUUGAGAUGAGGAGCAAAGCGACAAACGAGAUUGGUCCUGCGCAUGAUGACAUAUCCAUGCUGUUCGAUAUGAUACCAGCGCCGACAUUGCCUGCAACAACGGUGGCACCUGACUGGUACAAUAGCGACAGCGGAGAGAUCUCCAACGGUCCAUCGUCUGUCGUGACCGAUGACGACAUGGGGCUCGAUAUGCAUCAGUUGGCCUCGUCCUAUACUUUUGCUCACAUGAACCAGGAUUGGGACAUCAGCCCGUGCACCUGGAGCGAUAUGUCGGGAAUCUGUUAGAAAUUUACUGCUUUGGAUAUGGACAUGGUUUUUAGGCAAGGUUAGUGCAUGAUGGUCUGUGCUUGAAGAUAAACUGUAAUGUUAUGAAACUUCUGGUACUUAUAUAUUGCUCUAAAUCUCUGGAGAUUUAGAAAUAUCUAAUCUGAGAAAUUAUGAAC